CGUACUGCAAUAAAGCGCUAUUGUCUCCAGUCCGGACGCGCUUGCUUGCCAUCGGAACCAAGCACAUUCCACAUACAUGAAGACUUGUAACCCCCCCCACUGCGAGAGACCAAGCGCUGUUGUGAAGGGAAGCCACACAUGCAGAGAGCUUUGGAAGUGCUGAGACUGAAGAAGGAUUUUCAACAGUUUUGUUCUUUCUGACCAUCGGUCUUGUCCCGUGGAUAGGAGAUCAAAUUGAGCUAACUUGUGGUAACACAGAAUUACGAUCUCUUCGUUACGCCAACUGCUGUAGUCUAUUGAGGCAUACAUCCGAGUUUUCGCCCGCCUGCAGUGGAACGUGUCUAAAGACCGUUCUUUAUCUUUGGAGGGGGUGGUGGGGUUAUGCGAGGACGCUGACAUCAUGAAGCCCUUCCUCCUGCUCCUCCUCUUCCUCCUGCUCUCCGCCCAGGCGCUGACCAGCGACUGCCCCCAGGACUGCUCUUGCCCCGACCGGGACUCCAUCUUCUGCUACCAGCGACGCUCCAGCUCCGUGCCCCAGGGGCUCCCGGCCCCCACCAAAAACCUCUACCUCUUCCAGAACGGCAUCAGCACCCUGUCCCGGGACGACUUCGCCGGUUUGAGUGGGCUGGAGAUGCUGGACCUGAGCCAGAAUCUGCUGUCUGAGAUUUCGGACCGGGCCUUCGAGCUCCUCUCCUCCCUGCACAACCUGGACCUGUCCUCCAACCUCAUCACCCGCGUCCACCGCGACAGCUUCUCCGGCCUGACGCUGCUGCAGCGCCUCUAUCUCCACGGCAACCACAUCCAGAGCAUCCACCCGGAGGCCUUCCGGGGGCUGGACCAGCUGCUGGAGCUGAAGCUGCAGGGGAACCAGCUGACGGGCCUGCCAGCCCUGCGCCUGCCCAGGCUGCUGCUGCUGGACCUCAGCCACAACGCUGGCCUGUCCCCCCCAGCCUCCGCCGACCUCCAGACGCCCAACCUGGAGUCCCUCAAGAUGGCCGGGCUGGGCAUCUCCCAGCUGAGCGGGGACCUGCUGCGGUCGCUGGGCAACCUGCACGAGCUGGACGUGUCGCGGAACCAGUUGAGGGAGGUGCCGGUGGCCCUGGGGGAGGCGGGGAGGGGGUUGACCCAGCUCAGCCUGGCGGGGAACCCCAUAGCCCAGCCGGGCCCCCGGCCCGAGGAACUCCAGAACCUGCGGGGGCUUCAGGAGCUGGACCUGAGCGGCCUGAACAUGCAGGGUCUGCCCGAGGGCUUCCGCCAUCUCUUCCCCAGGCUCCGCCUCCUCACUGCUGCCGAGAACCCCUUCAACUGCCUCUGCCCCCUGGCCUGGCUGCCCGGCUGGCUCAGGGAGGGACGAGUGCAGCUGGGACGUCCCGAGGAGACCCGCUGCCACUUCCCUCCGCUCAAUGCCGGGAAGGUCCUGGCCAGGCUGGAGCGCGCCGAUUUCGGCUGCCCCCCCACGACCGCCGCCCCCGCCAGCACAGUGAGGAGCUCCACCCCCCCUCCCCGGCCUCCCCAGAUUUUCAGCACCCCUCCUGGCACCACCCCACCCCCGGCCCUACCCCCACCCCCACCCCCUCCCCUUCCUAGCGAUACCCCCUCCCCAGUGGAGUACGACAACAAGCCGCCCCUCUCUCCAGCGUCCCCCAGCAGCAGCAGCCGGGAAGCCAUGGACUCGGACCCGCACAUCUGCCCCUCCAACAUCUGCCUAAAUGGGGGCACGUGCCUGCUGCACGCCCAGGGGGAGCUGGAGUGCGCCUGCUCACGCGGGACAUCCGGCCCCUACUGCGAAACCCGCGAGGAGCUCCCGCCGCCUCCCCCUCCGCCCCCGCCCCACCACCUCCCACUGGUCCCGCCCACCCUCGUGGCCGCGGCGCCCGACCCUGACCUGGGGUCCCGGCAGGUGACCAGCACGUCCAUCGUGCUGGACCUGCAGCGCUUCAUCCAGAAACGGCCGUACCUGCGCGGGAUCCGCCUCACCUACCGGAACCUGUCGGGCCCUGACCGCCGGCCCGUGGAGCUCAGCGUCCCGGCCUCGUACCCGGAGUACACUCUCCGGGGGCUCCGCCCAAACUCCACCUACUCCAUCUGCGCGGGACCCCUGGGGGCGUCGCCCAGCGGGGUGGGGGCGGACCGGUCCUGCAUCGAGGCCCAAACCGCGGCGCAGCUGCCCCACAGACCCGACCCCACGGCCGUGCCCUGGAACUCGGGGGCCACCCCGCACGCGGCCCCGGAGCCGCGCGUGGAGGACGGGCAGCUGGUGACGGCCCUGGCGCCCGCCCUGGCCGCCGCGCUCACGGUUGCCGUGGCAAUGGCGGUCGCCGCGGGAACGGUCUACUACUUGCGCCGCAGGCGGGCCAAGGGGGCCCACCCAGACAUGUGCUCCGAGGACCCCUCCCCUCUGGAGCUGGAGGGGGUCAAGGCCAGCUUGGACAACGGGACCCUGCCCCAGAAGCAGCCCGAAAUAAAGCCAGCAUCCUCCUGCCCCUGGAACGGGGAGUGCGAAGUGCCGCUCAUGCAGACGCACUGUUCGGCCAAUAACAACCUGGCCUCACUCAAGCCCUCCUACUUCUGACCUCAGUGCCACUGUGUCGUUUGGACCUCCUCUCACCAGAGGCAGUAGCAGUUUCAUCUUCUCUCCUGCUCUGGAGACACUGAGAGACCAUAGAGGGUAGGAGGGAGAUGGGGCAUUGUAAACUGGCCAGCUGAGAUAACAAUGGACAAAAAAAACUGAUUGACACACAUUCAAGUGCAAUGUCCAGUAGAGGUCAUGUUUUUUUUUUUUAAAUAUAAAACUGAAGUGCCUUGUUUGCAUAUACCCAUGCUCAGUUUAUGUUUUAAUGUCAGUUUUUUGACAUUAAAUUUUUUGAACAUUUUUUUUUGUACUUUUAAAUAUGAAUAAUCUCGGCAGUCACUUUGCUGGACUUGCACACAGGGAGGCACAUCUGUGAACACGCAGAGGCCAGCGCCUGCCCUCUGGAGAGGUCAAAGGUCAUGUAGGGAGGAAGGGGUGGGGACGUUAAAGCAGGAGACUAAAAAAAAUUGCGCACCUCACCCGUGCAGCACUUGUACCGCUCCCUGGAUUCUGUGCACUGAACACAUUGGUUCCUCUAGGGAAACUUGCACUGAGAGGAGAACUGCCAGUAUACCCCUGAGCAAGGUACUCAACCUGAAUUUCUUCAGCAUGUGUCCAGCUGUAUAAAUGGAUGCAAUUUAAGUGCUAUACGUUGCGUAAGGUGCUCCGGUUAAGUCAUUCUCUUAAGAGAAGAGGUCUCUCUCCCAUUGCUGAGCACAAUGGCACACCAGCUGCCCCCCCCCCUUAGGGAUUUUUUUUAACUUGCUGUGAAAGACAAAGAACAUGAAUGAAGACACAGACUGAGAGUCAUAAGCCUGAGUCUGAGCUCACCGCGACUUUAGUGCAAAGUUUCCUACCUUCUCACUUUUGCUACUUUUUCAUGUUUUUUUAUUGGUAUUAUUAUUAUUGUUAUUGUUGUUGUCUAUUUUGUUGUCAUUUUUUCCAAUGAUGUGACCUGACUGUAGCAAACAACCCUUCCCUUCUCCCCACCCAAAAUUUAACAAAUCAGAUCCAAGUCUUUGAGCAUUAAAAAAAAAAACUUUUAUAUUUUUUUUAUUAAACUGACAAAGUCAAUCUUACACUUUGCCCUAACUACAUCUGAAAGCCAUACUGUCACACAUACAAUUCACACCAGCUCGACAGUUGAAAACAUUAUCCCAAAAUAAUUUCUUCCCCCUAUCCCACCACGAACACCAAACACACACAGAUGUGCCAGAUUACAAAAAAUUACCAACAUGAUUGACUGAAUUCCUCCACGUUUUCCUGCCCUCUUCUGUGCUUCUAAAGUAUUCUCAAAAUCUCGCAGGCACGUACUAGCUGGCCAAUGAAAGAGAACAGAGGGGAGAAGACACAGGGAAAGGUUUCUUCAAAGCCCUUGGGGGUAUUUACUGUUUGUGUCUCUAAGUGGAACGAGGUCACUUCCUGGUCUUUGAUUGACAGGGUUGCCCUACCUUGUAGUCAGAUUCGCUGUGGUAUGUGUUUGUGUUUUUUUUUUUCUUCUUCUUCUUUUUUACCCUGAAGCUGAUCUGGCUUCUUCUGGUCUUUGUUUGGUACGCCUCUCGCUCUCUGGGGAAAUUGGGAUUCUCUUUGGUUUUUGUGGUGGGUUGGGGG